AAAUCUGUUUUUGUUGUUUUCUAUUUUCUUUCACAGACCGGAGAGAAGAAGAGGAGGCUUAACAUGGAGCAAGUGAAGACACUUGAGAAGAACUUUGAAUUAGGUAACAAGCUCGAGCCAGAGAGGAAAAUGCAGCUCGCUAGGGCUCUUGGUCUUCAACCAAGACAGAUCGCCAUAUGGUUUCAAAACAGGAGGGCAAGGUGGAAGACCAAACAACUGGAGAAAGACUACGAGCUCCUAAAAAGACAGUUUGAGGCAGUUAAAGCGGACAAUGAUGCUCUCCAAGCUCAAAACAAGAAACUUCACACAGAGAUUUAUGUGGAGAUGAGGGAAAGUUUGUUUUUUUGGGUAUCAGAUAUUUGGGUAAGUGAUAUCCAUCUCUUUGGUGGAUAAAUAACCUUUCCACUUGGGGGAAAAAUUGCCAGGAAUGGGACAAAAGUGCCCCUUU